GAAAUGCUGCCGCACAUGACGGCGAGCUUGAUGCUAACCAGGAAGUGAUAGUUCCUUCAGGUUCCUUCACGUUCUGCAGAAGCUGAGAAACGUCCGAGGUGAAAGUUCACAUCUGAUCGACAGAAGGUCUCAACACAAGACUCCAGACAUGACGAAACACGAGUUCGAGGUGGCGAUGACAUGUGAGGGAUGUUCAGGAGCCGUCACCAGAAUCCUCAACAAACUGGGAGAUGUGAAGUUCGAGAUCGACUUGCCUAAGAAGCUGGUUUGGAUCGAGUCCGACAGAGACGUGGACUUUCUCACUGAGACGCUGAAGAAAUGUGGGAAGGAAGUCAAGUACAACGGCACCAAAUGAAGGAGUCUGCUGCUGCUCAUAGGAAAUCAUUGCUGCUAAUGCAAAGCAAACAUCUAUAAACUGGAAGGAAGAGUCUGAAUCACCCCCCCACCUCCUGAAGCUCAUACGCACAACAUCCCCCCCGGAUGCAGAUCAUCUUUCAGAUUUACCAGACGAGAACAACAACAAACACACAUGAUGUUAGUACUUGUUAUUUGCAGCAAUGUAUUUGUUAUGUUUGUUUUCAUGUUGUCCAACACGGUCGCCUGUUCAAUGAAAUGAAUUUGCACAUUUUCAUGGAAGUCAUUUUUAUAUAUGUUGCUCUUUUAUCUAAAAAAUAACAGGACUCCAUAUAUGUUCUUAAAUAAUUGUAAAUUUCAGUUGUCAAAGGAAAAGAUCAACACACAAAAAUAUAUGUGAAGCAUUUAGUUGCUAUUUCAUGUUUAUUAUGAUCAUGAUGUUUGUAACUUUAAUGAACUUACAACAGAAAAACAGAUUAUGUCAAACUUCCUUUGAACCAUAUGAAGAACAUUCCCUGGAUUAUAAAACAUUCUGCAGACUGUAGUUGUUCUAUCAGUAUUAUUUGUUGUGGGAUUAACACUAAUAGAUGGGGACUUAUGUGGUGAAUAUCUGCUAUGGUUUUGGAGAUUUGCAAACACAGACUAAUGUAUGAAAUCCACUCUUUGGAUACACUAUCUAACUAAACAACAGUCUUCUGUGUUUUAUUACAAUCAUCUGGAAAAUUAAAUAAAAUCAACUCUGCCUCAGUU